AACACCACAAAACGAUCGACGAAACCAAUAUGUCUUCCCAAAAAAUCGUGUUGGUGAGCUCUGAUGGCGAGACUUUCGAAGUUGAAGAAGCGGUGGCGAGAAAACUUCAGAUCGUAGGACACAUGAUCGACGACGACUGUGCCCAUAAACCGAUCCCGCUUCAAAACGUUACUGGAAAGAUCCUCGCCAUGGUUGUCGAGUAUUGCAAAACACACGUCAACGAUGUAGAUGAUGCUGCUGCUGAUGAUAAAGAAGAGAGCGAGGAAGACAAGAAGAAGAAGAAAGCUGAUGCUGCUUCAGCCUCUGGAGAUGAUACCGACAAGAAGCUCGAGGUCGAGGCUUUUGACAAAGGCUUCUUGCAGGAUUUAGAUUUGGAAACCAUCUUCCAAAUCAUUCUCGCUGCUAACUAUCUCAACGUGAAAGGCCUUCUUGAUCUCACUUGCCAGAACGUUGCUGAUCACAUCAAAGACAUGUCUGUUGAGCAAGUUCGAGAAAUCUUUGGCAUCCAGAACGAUUUCACUGAGGAAGAAGAGAAAUCGAUUCGAGCGGAGAACGCUUGGGCUUUUGAGGAUGCUGCACAAGCUGUUCCAAAACCCUAACUUUUUCUUGUUUCGUUUCUAAUUGUCGGGUUUUAGGGUUUCUUUUUUCUCCAUAUUUGAUUUGGUGUUUUGGAUUUAUCAUGUUGAUUUCAGUUUCGUUGUUUUAUUUCUUUUCUUGGAUAUUAUGUAUAACCAAUUUUUUUCCUCAACCACCGUAAGAAAAUACCUAAUUAUUAA